UUUUACAGGUGGAAUUAUGAAGAAAUAUUCAAUGUGUGUUAUGUAUUAUCUACUGUAAAUAUUAUGAAUUGUUGUUAUUAUUAACAACUUAUUAAGUUAAAACUAACCAUGCUAGCUUACAUUUAUUGUAUCGUUGUCCAUAGCCAAAUAUAGUUGUUGUGCUUGUAGUUCCCAGUGGUGUACAACAUUAUAUUUAUUAUUAUUAUAUUAUCAAUGAUAAUUCACAUAUUGUCCAAUAACCGUUGACAAAUCGAUACACCGUGCUGUGUCUGAUGACGUUUUUCCUCUUCAUUGGCGGCCAUGUUUGACAGGCAGAUCAUGGAGAAGACGGAGUGGACGAAACCAUUCUAUCUCGAUUUGAAAAAAAAACACAUCGUGAUUAGCCAUCUUCAGUGUGUAUCAUGACUGUGAUUCCAAAGAGGAUUUAGAUUUCUGUGUGUAAAUUAGACGGCCAGAUUAGCUUUGGAUUAGCGUGAAUAUCCCCGAAUUAACACAGAGGCACCCCCAUUUCCCCCCUGUAAUGAUCCUGCUAAUAAACAGCCAUCGAGGAUGACGGAACGGUGAAGAUGGGCACCUGCGAAGGGAAUCGGAGAAAAAUGAGGAUUCACUUCGAUUUAUGACCAAUUUUGUCCUCGACUUUCUUUUUGUUUUAAAAAAACAAUAACGUGGUCAUGAUUUUUGUCCUGUGGACGCUGCUCAUCCACGGUAGUGGAUGGCGGGAGGUCUCCCCGAGCCCUACCGACGAGGGAGCACUGCGGGCCGGCCACGGAGAUCACGGAGAGCCGGGCCACCAGGAGCACCAUAAAGACUCUUACAGCACCUUCGCCUCUGAGUUCUUAGAGUCCAGAUAUCUGUCUGAUGAUGGUUAUCCAUUCCCCACCGCCCCGCCAGUGGACCCGUUUGCCAAAAUCAAAGUUAGUGACUGUGGCGUAACCAAAGGAUGCAUCAGGUAUGGAAAGCCUGGCUGCGACGCUGAGACGUGUGACUACUUCCUGAGUUACCGUCGCAUCGGGACUGAUGUGGAAUUUGAGAUGAGCGCCGAUACUGACGGCUGGGUGGCUGUCGGGUUCUCCUCUGACAAGAAAAUGGGCGGCGACGACGUCAUGGGCUGCGUCCAUGACGAUAAUGGCCGCGUACGCAUCCACCACUUCUACAACGUGGGCCAGUGGGCAAAGGAGAUCAAGAGGAACCCCGCCAGAGACGAGGAGGGCAUCUUCGAGAACAACCGCGUCACCUGCCGCUUCAAGCGCCCUCUGUACGUCCCCCGAGAGGAAACGCUCGUGGACCUCCACCUGUCGUGGUACUACCUGUUUGCGUGGGGGCCUGCCAUACAAGGCUCCAUCACCCGACACGACAUCGACAGUCCGCCAGUGAGCGAGCGUAUGAUCAGUAUUUACAAAUACGAGGACAUCUUCAUGCCUUCCACUGCCUACCAGACCUUCAACUCCCCGCUCUGCUUACUCCUCAUAGUAGCCCUCACCUUCUACUUGCUGAUGGGAACACCGUGACGCACAAAACAACAAGAGGAGGAGAAGAUGUAGCAGCAAUAAAAAGAAAUUGCCAUUUAGUUUUUCUCGAAAAACACCGUAUCAGAUACUUGAAACUAAAUAUAUCACAACUAUAGUACAUUUUAGGGUUGCCAGAUGCUGACUUCACAUUAAAAAAAGGCCAGUUAUUAUGAAGCUUUAUUCAAAAAAAGCAAAAAAGUAAAUAAAAUCACCGCAUGCGCUCGGAAAUCCCCACUGAGAAGCAAAAAAGAGAGCAGAUGGCCAAUGUUCACUGGCUCGUGAUGAACUUGACCCAGGACAAAAAAAAUGAACCAGUCACAGCCGGAAUCCUUUUUCAUCACUCAUUUUCUCCGAUUCGCCAUAUUUUUUUUUAAUGAAUAUCAAUGUGUAUUUACUUUGCAAAAGACCUCAAUUUAUGGCACGUCAUACAUUCUACACAUUGCCAGACAUGGGGGUUAUUACUUUUUGAGAGAGGCUGCUAUAGCUGAAAUAAUAACUGCAAUAACUCACAUUAAUACAGUAUACAUGAUGCCUACAUAAUACUAUUAGAAUAUUACAAUAAAAAUGUUAUGAUAGUCUGUAAUGUGUCCUGUUCAUCACUCCGUGCACAUAGUGAAUUGUUUGUCAUCAGUUGCUAUGCAGGCUUUACUUGCUGUUAUUAGAGUUUAAAAAUACUGUAAAAAAUAUGUAAGUUAAUAAUUAAUACAGAAAAU